AUGUGCAGUGUUGGAUGCAUCCAUAAUGGUCAACACUAUAAAGUUGGAGAACAAUGGCCGGAUGGUGAAUUCGUGUACUACUGUAAGAAAGAUGGUGGACGCUGCCGUAAGGUUUGCAUCGGCUGUCAACAUCGAAGCAAACGUCUUUAUGAUGGAGAUCGCUAUACCGAGGGUGAUUCCGUAUAUCAGUGUGAGAUUCGUCCAGAUUCAUUCGGACAUAAGCCCGUGGCAUGUGUUUCACAAGAGCUUGACGGAUCUAAAGUAGAGCGUGUAAUUGGCUGCCGAUGGUAUCUGCAAUCGCCUGACUCCAAAAUUGAGCAAACAUGCGAGCUCAACGGUACUACAACGGUUAUCCGAACGCUUGGAUGCAUUUACAGGCACAACGUGAGCUUCAGAGCAAAAAACCGGCCCUAACU